GGGCUGCAUUUGUCACCGGCAGCGGUGAGGGUACGGCUAGGGGGGAGGGAGCUCCGUUCCCAGUACCGUCUCUUUUCACCACCGCCUUAACGGAGCCCUUCCCCCGUCUUCUCCAUCCUUGCCGCAAUGACCACCACAACCAUCUUCUCGGGCAUGGACCCCAGCGGCAGGAACAGCUCCAGAGUGCUGCGUCCUCCUGGCGGUGGUUCCAACUUUUCCUUGGGUUUUGAUGAACCAAAAGAACAGCCCACACGAAAGAACAAAAUGGCAUCCAGCAUCUUUGGAACUCCUGAAGAAAAUCCACCUUCCUGGGCUAAAUCGUCGGGGACAAAGCCAGGUGAAAUCAGAGAAGACACUGAACCAUCUGGAGCACAGAGAAACUCAACUGAUGCUAACUGUGGAGAUGUAGAUCCAAAGGGAGGAGAUGGCGGUGGUGAAACAUUCGAGUCCUGUUGAGCUAGUCGUGUCACUUCACCGCUUCACACUCCUGCUGUGCGAGAUAUCAGACAUGAGCUGGUGAGCGUCCACUUAUCGUGCAUGUGAUUUUUGCACUUGACAUUAUAUGGCUGUUUCCUGGGCUUUCAAGGGAACGAAUAUGCUUCCAAAAAAAGCUAUUUGCUUACAAACUCACAGCAUAACUAUAGUUUUAAUAAGCUUCCAUCAUUAAAAGAUGUUUCCUCUUCCGGUUUUGGAAAUGAUUUUCUGUAUGUAACUGAUUGUAAAAACUUAAGGUAAGUGUCCGGAGGGAUAUGUACUUUCUAUUAGUCAUGUCUGUCUAGGAGAAGAGAACUUGUGCCUUUUGCAGAAAUGUUUUUGCUUCUUGUUUGAACGCUGUAGUUCCUUUUGCACAUCAAAAGUUCCAGUAGUUUGAAGCGUACUUGGCAGCAAACUAACUCGGAGAUUAUACCCUUUCUGAUAAGGAAAGAACUUCAACAUCUGAUCUGAGAAGUGCCAGUGUAUGUAUCGGAUGGCUGAAGGAGUCUGUAACAAGCUGUAGAAACUUUCCGGAAGUCUCCUGUGAUAGGAAGUUUUUUGAAAUUCAGUUAGCACCUUGUACUUGAUUAAUGGGACUGACUAAAGAGAAUUAGACAGCACUUAAGACGGUCACAAGUGACUGUAAUUACAUUAAGGUGAAAUCUGGUGUUCAGUAGAAAGUUUGUCAUCAUGAGUUCUUCGCAGUACUCCAGCAGUCUGCUUGAAGCACGGGCUGCUGUGAAUGAAGCACUGGGGGCUGUGUGAAUGGGUGGCUGCCAUUGUUCCCAGCUUGCUGAGUAAGCAGGCAGCAGCAUACAUGAGCUGCAGAGGCUUUGAGCUUAAGGCUUUGUAUUUAACUGCUUUGUUCUCAUGUGCUUGUGGGUUGGUGAAGGCAGCAGAGAAUCUGAGGUUGCAUGGAAACUAUAAGCUGCCAGAGUUCUUGGAGAUUAUUAUAAGCAUGGAUGUGCAGAGGGUCACAAGUGGGUUUUGUGUUUCUGAUAAAAUCUUGCAUCAAAGGUUUUUUAAAAAGCAAUGCUAAGUUGCCACAGCAUUGGUGAAAAGCAUCUCCUGUAAUAAAAAGCUAGAUAAAAAACAGCAGGUGAAAGGCAGGAUUUAGUAAUUGCUGUUGGGGCAGUGGGAAGUGGUGCUGGGAUUAGUUUUAUUGGGUGCCUUCAUCCAUGACCUGGAAGAGGUAAUGAACAGUUAAGUCUUCGAUUUUGCUGGCAAUGGCUAAGUUUUGUCAAGUGGUCAAAAGUGCUGAUGGUGAGAAAAUCUUGCUGUGUUUAGGCCUUUGGCUUGUAACUAAUUCUGUUAAUCUGCAAAAAUGUGAGAUGCUAAUGAUCUCGUGGUCCUCAUUAACUGUCAGUGAAGUAGAUACAUAAAUUAUUUGCUAGAGUAUCUAAAGUGCUUCCUGUGAGUAAUUCCUUCUGUGUCCUGUCUUGUGGUUGUUGAGAACUACUUAAAACAGACGGAACUGGCAUGUGCUUUCCAGGGAAUGUAAAUUUGAGCCUGCCCGUACGUGGAUUUGCAUUCCCUGGUCUGCUCUAUGCGAAGUCCCAGAGGUGUCAGAUAUUCUCUCCUCUAACAAAAUUGGGAAUGUGGUGUGAAUCUUAACUCCUGCUUGUAAGUACUGAUGCUUCUGUGACUCCAUUUCCAGCACUUGCUCAGAUUUGAGUUAAAAUUAUUAGGGUGGUCACACACUAUGUACAAGCCUUGAUUGCAGCUGCUUGUCAGUUAAAAAAUAAAAAAAAUUGAAUCACUGGGGUCCCCUAAUAGCAUCUAAGAGAAUGCAACUCUUAAAUGCCUGAAACUCAACUGAAGGCAUCAGGGUUCUGAAAAAUAUUUCAGGCAGCUGGAAGUCUGUCUUGCCAACAGAUGACAGCAGCUCUGUGUGACUGUAAGGCUGGAGAAAACUCAAAGGAGUCGAUCUUCUGCCUAAGCCAGAGAAACCCUCUGGCUUUUAUCAUCCACAUCAAACACCUUAAAAAAGCUUCUUUUU